AUGGAAAAGAGAGGAAAGUACCUUAUUCUCCACAGAAAAACUGCCCAGUCUUACUCCUACUACCUGAUGGGACCUGAGCAUCUUCCAGACUUUCAUCGGUGGUUGUUGUUCGGUUUGGCCUUGGGCGCAAAAUCAUUACCUUUGCAUAGAGGAACCCGUAUCAGCUCAAAAGCUACCGGAGACACCUGCUGCCUACCCAUCUACUUACCAGAGUAUCUCCUCACAAAUACAUCAUCAUCAUCAUCCAUCAUUUAUCCCGUCCUCUACUAUUUCCCUUGCCAAUUCCCAAUACCACCGACGGCCUGUCACUCCAUCCAAAAUUUGGCGCCCAGUGUGCCAGGCAGGCACCCGACACCCGACUUUGCGGCAGAGACACACUCUCUUUGGGCUCACUCACUCACAAACACCCACUCACUGAGGUGCUUUACGCGUUGCACUCACUACCUUACCUCGCCUUCGCCCCGCCUCUUGCAAGCAAUUCUGCCAGGGCCAUUUAUCAACCCUGACAAUGCUAGGAGCCCAGCCACACCGUUGACAUCACUCUACCUUGCCUGCCUACUCUACCACACUCAAAUCGCCUCACACACCAAGCUACCAGGUAAUUAUUGUCACCUUCAUCCCGGAGACCUCAGGAGGAUUCAACGCCAUCUCCGGCUGCUUCACCAGUCUUUGCCUUCCUACCGCCCCCUUCCGGUCCUUGGACCCUUCAUUUUCCGCCUCCGUCUCCGCCUUCGCCUCUCGGCUCGGCUCCCUCUCCAGUCCUUCCCGUUUCUUCGACUGAUUCUCCAACCUGAACUCAUACCCCAAACUGGUUGCUUCUCACUAAGCAGCCCUCACACUCGGAUUUUUGGACGCCACCAAUCUUGCUUUCGACAUUUUGCAGACUCACAAAACUCGGACCGGUUGCUACUUCACCCUACCGACCUUAUCAUGGCCGGUGCAAAGAAGAAGAAGAAGCCCGCCGCCAACCCGGCCAGAGGCUUCGCCACCACCUCCGUUGCAUCAUCCAAGCCUCGGACCGAACCCGCUGAAGGAGCCGAUGCCGCUGCUGCGGCCCGGGCUGCCACUGUCGCUCCGGAUGCUAGUUCCAAAUCGGAUGCCCCGUCAACUGAUCCUCAGUCUUCCACCAAUGGUGCUGGUGACAAAGCUGCCAAGGCGGAACUGAGCCCCGAGGAGUUUGAAAAGCAACUUGACGAGUCCGAAUUGCAGCUCAUGGUGGAAAAGUAUGCGCAAAAGACCAAGCGGGAUGCUCAACGCCAGCGCACCAGGCUUGAGACUGAUCGCCGCCUGCUCAGAGGCCAAGCCGACACUGUCAACUCGAGGAAGUGGUUGCCUCAGGAGUUGAUGGACCAGGUCCUUGAUCUGAUUCAAGCCGAGAGCCGCUUUGCAUCGUCAAGUGUAUCUACAGAGACCUCUGCGAAUGGAAAGUUGCUGCCGGAAGAGGAUAUGACCAUCAAGCUAUGGACACUUCAACAGACACUCGCUAGUGUUGGUUUUCCAGAGGAACGAGUUCAGGCUGUGAUGCGGCACAUUCUUGACAUUGCGCCGAACAUUCCAUCUUUCACCAAAGAUAGCCUUUGGGGUCUUGAAGAAGCCCUUGACUGGCUGGCGAGAGAGUGUCCAAGUGAUGAGUUGCCUGAUUACGAGGGUCGAGGGAACAAGAGCGUUAGACAGUUAGAUACACCGGCUGAGAGCCCCUUGCCUUCAGGAGCCACAACUCCUGUACCUGAUGGACGCCAGAAGCCUGGUCAAGCAUCCAAAAACGGCAACAAGAAGAAGGCCGUGGUGACUUGCGACAUUGACAUUGAGCCAGAUGAGCUGGUUCCUGUUUAUCUCGAAACAAAGAUCAAAUUAUUUGAGCUUGAGAAAAGUCAACAAGGAAAACGAAAGCAGAACAGCAACAAAUUUGAGGCAAGUGACGGGGUAGAUCUGCAAGCCGAGCUCCGCGCCAAGAUUGUGAGGAUCGAGAAGGACGUCCUCUUCGACAAGUUUGCUGCGGAGCAAGAGUGGAAGACCAAGAAGGUGGUCUUGGAGAAAGAGUUUGCAGCCGCAAAAAAGCAACAAGCCCAGGAGGAAAAGGAGAAGGAGCCUCCAAAGGCGGUCACCGAAGCAUCUGGAUCUUCUGAUGGAGACAUCAACGACGAGGCCGAGCGUAUCGCUGCUGAGAUUCUGGCCCAGAACGACGACGACGACGAUGGCGGUCUUGGUGAUCUCUUUGCCAAUCUGCCUGUCACCGAAGUAGACGCCACGGGCAAAUCAAGCACGGUGCUUAACGGCACAGACGGCGUCAAGAUUACCAUUCGGGAUUUCGGAAAAUGGACCGGUGUCUCCCCUAUGCGGGCUUUGGAAGAGGCCUGCAGAGCGAGGGACGCCUCCACGAGGAUCAACUACCGCCUCAUUUCAGAAGUUCCUUUUGCUAACCGUCACUCUGUCUCCAUCACCUGGGCAAAGCCCCAGGAGGUCCCAUCCGCAUCUCAGGACGAUACAGUUGACGUCGUCAAUAUUCCGUCAAGCUUCAGCUUCAGCAUGAAGUCCAUCGCCACUCCCGACAAGAAACAGUCGGAAGCAUACGUCGCAACGUGGGCCUUGUUCUACAUCUUCGGCACCUCAGCAAAGGAAGAGAAGGUCGGAAUGAGGUUGCCUCAUGUAUGGCGUGAGUUAUGGGAUGAGCUUGCAGAAGCCAGAAAAAGCCAGCUGGACUCAAAAGACCGAGAGGCAAUUAGAGAGUUACGGGCUCUUGUGCGCCAAAGACAGGAUCAGGAACUGGAGGAUGGCGUCAUUCUCCCCAACGCCUUCAGGGGAAGGGCCGCUGCCCGCAACCAGAACGACAACAAAGACGAGGCAGCUCAAGAGGCCGCCAAGCGUCUGUCCAAUGGGCCUGAAUAUUAUCAAAAUAUUUGGGCUCAGAAGAUCAACACUCCUAGGUAUCAGACCAUGCUCCAAUCUCGCAUGCAGCUUCCCAUGUGGAAUUUCAAGCAGCAAGUCACGGAUGCCGUGGACAGAGAGCAAGUCGUCAUUAUCUGCGGAGAGACUGGCUGUGGCAAGAGUACCCAGGUGCCGGCCUUCCUCUUGGAGCACCAGUUGGCCCAAGGUAAGCCAUGCAAGAUCUUUUGCACUGAGCCGCGUCGAAUCUCAGCCAUCUCGUUGGCUCGCAGAGUCAGUGAAGAGCUCGGUGAAGGCCGUAAUGAUCUAGGCACGCCCAGGUCAUUGGUAGGCUACUCCAUCCGUCUCGAAGCCAACACUUCUCGCGAGACCCGGCUAGUCUUUGCGACUACAGGUAUCGUUAUGCGAAUGCUGGAAGGUUCGAAUGAUCUUCGGGAGGUCACUCACCUGGUCCUGGACGAGGUUCACGAGAGGUCCAUUGACAGUGAUUUCUUGCUCAUCAUCUUGAAGAAGCUAAUGCUGAGACGCAAGGAUCUGAAGGUGGUUCUCAUGUCAGCCACAGUCGACGCCGAGCGUUUCUCCAAUUACCUCGGCGGAGCGCCUGUUCUGACAGUUCCCGGACGUACAUUCCCCGUUCAAGUCAAGUACCUGGAGGAUGCUAUUGAAACAACCGGUUACACCGUUGGCCAGAACCCUCAAGAGAAGAUGGUUGAUCUCGACGAUGAUGUUGUCGAGACGGAAGCCGAAGGACCCAAGUCCACAGUCGGAGCUGAUCUUUCAGCCUACUCCGCCAAGACCAGGAACAGCCUUGCCCAGAUGGACGAAUAUCGAAUCGACUUUGAUUUGAUUGUACAGCUAAUUGCCAAGGUUGCCUCCGCGCCCGAGUACAUCCCCUACAGCAAGGCGAUCUUAGUCUUCCUUCCGGGUAUCGCAGAAAUCCGGACCCUGAACGACCUGCUCUCCGGUGACCCUUCGUUUGCGCGCGACUGGCUCAUCUACCCGCUACACUCCACUAUCGCGACCGAGGACCAAGAAGCCGCUUUCCUUGUGCCGCCUCCCGGCGUGCGCAAGAUAGUGCUAGCAACCAACAUUGCCGAAACCGGCAUCACGAUCCCUGACGUGACUUGCGUUAUCGACACGGGCAAGCAUCGCGAGAUGAGAUUUGACGAGAGAAGACAGCUCUCCCGCCUCAUCGACACCUUCAUCUCCCGCGCCAACGCAAAGCAGCGCCGCGGGCGAGCCGGACGUGUACAGGAGGGCCUCUGCUUCCACAUGUUUACAAAACACCGGCACGAUGCCGUCAUGAGCGACCAGCAAACUCCCGAGAUGCUGCGUCUCUCGCUGCAAGACUUGGCGAUCCGCGUCAAGAUCUGCAAGAUCGGCGGCAUCGAGGAGACGCUGAGCGAAGCCUUGGAUCCGCCUUCGGCCAAGAACAUCCGCCGCGCUGUGGAUGCCCUCAUUGAUGUCAGAGCCUUGACGCCUGCCGAGGACCUGACGCCUCUGGGUAAUCAAUUGGCCAGGCUGCCUCUGGAUGUCUUCCUUGGCAAGCUCAUCUUGAUGGGUGCGAUCUUCAAAUGCUUGGAUAUGGCCAUCACAGUCGCUGCAAUCCUAUCCUCCAAAUCGCCAUUCACGGCACCAUUCGGUCAGCGAGCUCAGGCCGACCUUGUCCGCAAGGGCUUCCGCAGAGGCGAUUCAGAUCUCCUUACCGUCUAUAAUGCCUACCUCGCAUGGAAGCGCGUAUGCCAAUCGAACACCGCUUCUGGUGGCAAGGACUUCCAGUUCUGUCGCAAGAACUUCCUCAGCCAGCAGACCUUGGCCAAUAUUGAAGACCUCAAGGGUCAGCUGCUAGUCUCGGUUGCAGACUCUGGCUUCCUCAUGCUGACUGACGAGGAGAGAAGAGCGCUCAAUAGAGUACGCUACGGAUCCAACUCGAGAGGAGGACGACGCAACCAGAGCUUCUUUGACAUUCCCCAACGCGUGAGCAUCAACAGCGAAAACGAUGCCAUCACCACAGCAGUCAUCACAUGGAGCUUCUAUCCCAAGCUUCUGGUGCGGGAAAGCCCGGGAGCCCGAGGUCUGCGCAAUAUCAGUAACAACCAGUCAAUCAGUCUUCACCCAUCCUCUGUCAACAAGGGACACAAUGAGCUCAAGUGGCUGUCUUACUACCACAUCAUGCAAUCGAAAAGGCAAGUUUCCUUCGUUUAUCAUGCGCAUGAGACGACGGUGGCUGACCCCUUUGCCAUUGCUCUCCUGUGUGGUGACGUCCGAGCGGACAUGUUCUCCGGUGUGCUCGUCCUCGACGGUAACCGCUGCCGCUUUGCCCUGCCCGACUGGAAGACGAUGCUCGUUAUCAAGGUCCUCCGCACCAGGCUUCGCGAGCUCCUCACUCGCUCCUUUAAGCAGCCCGUCAAACUGCCGUCGGCACAGCAUGAAAGAUGGUUGGCCAUCUGGCAAAAGAUAUUCUCGCAGGAGGCCAAUAAAGAAAGGGACAUGACUGCGAGUGUCAGCAAAACAUAG